UUUUUUUUUUUUUCCAUCAAAUAUCUUUAACCUUUAUAUUAACCAUUCAGCUAUGGCACCUAUAACACAGAAAAAAUCAAAAAAGAAGAGCAUAAACACAAAACUCUCAAAAGGAGUUGAAAAGAAAAAGAAGGGUAAAAAGCGAAAUAAAUUAAAAUAAAAAAGAAGAGAAUUAUUCAUUGACAUUUGCCACAUAAUUAUAGUCAACGUCAAAAAAACGAAGAAACAAGUUCAAAUAGAAAAUGAAGAAGACUCCCCCAUGGAGGAUGUUCAAUCAGACGAUGAUGUUUUUAAAAAAUUACAACGUGUUAUGGAUGAGGAAGGAUCUGAUGUUGACUCUGAAGAAGAAAAGGAAGAAAAACAUGAUGCUGAUGAACAAGAUGAUAGUAGCGAUCUCUCUUCUGAAGUUGAAAGAGAAAUGGCUGUAGAUGACAACGAUGAAGAGGAAGAAGAGGAGGAGGAGGAGGGAGAAGAAGAUAUAGAAAAAUUAAAAAAAGAUAUUGAACAACACAGAAAAGAUAUGGAAGCUUUAAAAGAGCGUGAUCCUAAAUUUUAUAAAUUUUUGGAAGCCGAAGAUAAAGAGCUUUUAGAUUUUGAUGAGUCAGAUGAUGGUUUGGAUGCUGAUGACGAUGAUCAACAAUAUAGCGAUAUGGAAGAACCUGAAGAAACGAUCAUUCAAGAUACAGCUAUCGUUUUAAAUAAAAAUACUGUAAACGAAUGGGUCGAAACAAUAAAGACAACAAAAGAUUUCAAGGCAUUUAAGAAAUUGUUAUCUGCUUUUAGAACAGCUGCAAGAAUGGCAGAAGAUGAAGAUGAUAAAGCUGUCUUAACCUAUAAAAUUGAAGAUCCUGCAGUUUUCUCCAAGGUGAUUACAUGUACACUUCGUUUUGCACCUGUCGUCUUUAGUCAUCAUUUAAAACCUAAAAAGGAAAGCGAAUUACCUAUAACUUCUGGACGCUGGAACUUUUUUAAAUCCUAUGUAAAGACAUACCUUAAUAAUCUUUUACAUCUUUUACGAAACUUGACUGAUGCUGAUAUGCUUCGUUUAACAAUCCGUGAAGCUGAAAAAUGUACAAAGUUCUUUGUUUGUUUCGAUCGUCUCGCCAAAGAUUAUCUCAAAACUUUAUUAAACGCUUAUUCCAGUCUUACUUCUACAGAUACUGUUCGCAUUCAAGCAUUCUUGAGUAUUAAAUCCUUAUCUAUUUCUUCUAUUCCUGUUAUUGCUAAAGGUAAAAACAAAGGUGUUAGUUCCGAAAAGCCUCAGGGCUACCUUGAUAUUUGUCUUAAAAAUGUCUACUUAUCUUUUGUCAAGAACUCUAAAACAACCAAUGCUCACACAUUGCCUACUAUUAACUUGAUGCGUAAUCUUGCUGUGCAACUAUAUGGUAUAAAUCCUGUUCUGAGUUAUCAACAAGGUUUUGUUUACGUUCGUCAAUUGGCUAUUCAUUUAAGACAAGCUAUGAAAGUUCGUUCCACAAAAAAUCACAAUACAGUUUACAAUUGGCAAUAUAUUCACUGUAUUGAUUUCUGGGCUGAUGUCUUGAACACAUUUAGCAACUCAAUGAUGGUUACUGAAGAAGGCGAGCAAGUUGAAUCACCUUUGAAAUCUCUCUUAUAUCCAUUCACACAAGUAGCUGUCGGUGUCAUUCAAUUAAUUCCUACCGCACAAUUCUAUCCUCUCCGUUUCCAUAUUAUUCGCACAUUAACUUCACUUAUUCGUAAUACUAAUAUUUUCAUUCCUCUUGCUACCUUUAUCCUAGAAGUUCUUGAAGGAUCAGUGGCAAGAGAAAAAGCGAAAAAGUCCAAUACAGGUUUACCUACUGAAUGGGAACUUGUUCUUAAAGUAAAUAAGAAAAAUGUUCACACACGUAUGUAUCAAGAUGAAGUUUUGAACCAAUGUGCAAUUGCUUUGAAGAAUUACUAUAAAGAAUAUAUCUAUCAUAUUUCGUUCCCAGAAAUGGUAGAUGCUGAUAUUGUAGCUAUUAAGCGUUUUGUAAAACAUUCACACAGUUUGAAAGGAAAAGAAAAAUUGCAUACAUUAGCAAAGGAGCUCGAGGCUAAGGCAUCAUUUGUUCGUCAACAACGUUCCAAGAUUAACUUUAGUCCUUCAAACGAAGAUGAAAUCAAACAAUUUAGUGAAGAUUUAAAGGCAAAAUUAACUUAAAAUUCAUGUAACAAAAUUAAUAAAAUUUAGACUUUUCAUACUACA